GUCAAUGGGGUCCAGUCACUCCAAUUUUCUCUACUUGCUCGCGAAGCUAGUUGGCUUCUUCCACGGGCGAGAAGACUAAGAAGCGCGGUGACUGUUCAGCUUCUCUAGUUCUACAUUCGACCCACGAUCGUGGCCAGUCCAAUCUGUGUCGUGACAGGAGCAAGAAACAUUCUUCAGCUGACUGAACCCGCUCUGGUACUGUCUGUAGAUGCGCUCGUACAUGUGAAUUCUCGAAAUUACUCUCGUUUAGUGAUGUUGUGCUCUUGUAUGAAAUGGGAGAAUGCCUCUGAGUGAUAUCAUCUGGAACUCUGCUUCUGUGGCUAUGUAUCGUGAAUGGAAUGAGGCUAUUCUUUUAGUCCAGUUCUUGGUCUGUGGGUUUGAGGUGAUUAACACUCGCCCGCCAGUGUUAUUCUCUUAUUCCUCUUGAGAGGAAUGGUGGGCAUGUUUUAUUCUUGACUGCACCUUUAAGUUUCGGGUUGCUGCAACUAUCAUGGCCUACGUUCCUCGGCAUAAGCAGCUUUGGAAGGAGAGGGAUGGCUCAUCUUGUGCUCCGGCAUCGGUUGCGUGGAGGUCGCCGGAAACUACUGCUCAUCAGAAUGGGCAGAAUCAUCGGCAUUGGACGGAGAGGGAUGGCCCGUCCUGUGUUCCCCCAUCGGUUGCGUGGAGGUCGCCUGAAACUAUUGCUCAUCAGAUUGGGAGGAGUCAACAAUGGAAGGAGAGCAAUGGCCCAUCCCGUGUUCCACCAUCGGUUGCAAGGAGGUCGCCUGAAAGUAUUGCUCAUCAGAUUGGGAGGAAUCAACAUUGGAAGGAGAGGGAUGGCGCGUCCAGUGUUCCACCAUCGGUUGUGUGGCGAGUCAGGGAAGGUCCUAACAAUAGGCCGCCUGAAAUUAUUGCUCAACAGAAUCAGAUAGGGAGGAGUCAACACUGGCAAGAUCUUAACUCGAGGACGCCCGAAACAAUUGCUCAUCAGAUUGGGAGGAAUCAACAUUGGAAGGAGAGAGAUGGCCCGUCCCAUGUUCCACCAUCGGUUGUGUGGCGAGUCAGGGAAGGUCCUAACUUGAGGUCGCCUGAAAUUAUUGCUCAUCAGAAUCAGAUGGGGAGGAAUCAACAUUGGCAAGAUCUUAACUCGAGGUCGCCUGAAACAAUUGCUCAUCAGAAUGGGAGGAAUCAACAUUGGCAGGAGAGGGAUGACCUGUCCCGUUUCCCAGCAUCGAUUGAGGGGCGGUUCAGGAAAGAUCUUAACUUGAGGUCACCCGAAACUAGUGCUCAUCAGAUUGGGAAAAAUCGACAUUGGAAGGAGAGGGAUGGUCCGUCCUGUGUUCCAGCAUCAUUCAGGAAAGAUCUUAACUUGAAGCCGCCCCCGCCCAAACCUAUUUCUCAUCAGAGUGGGAGGAUCGAGUAUGCAGGCAAGGCAAUAUCUAGAUGGUUGGCUGUUGGUUUGGAUGAUUACGGAUAUCAUCUUCCUCCUGGCGUCUUUCUCAGGCCGGUCUCUGUUGAAGCCAUUGAAUUGGAACCAGAAGAGAAACCACUAGUCUUAGCCAAAAGUUCUAUGGUAAAUGAAGAUGAUGAAAGGGGCCGGCACCAUAGGAAGGAACCUUGGGUGCAUAUAGCCGAAACUAUGAUGCAAGAUUUAGUUUGUUCAUUCAAAGCUUUGAGGAGUGAGAUUAAGGAUCAGAACCUGGAUGGCAUAAAACCAACAAUGAUUGCUAGAUUCGGGAAAAUUAUUUUUCGUGGGAGUACUUCAUUUCCAGUGGAAACUCGUGGACAUAUGGUUACAAAGGCCUCGUUAAAAUGGUUGAAAAGGAUAUUUUACACAAAUCUUCCCUCCUCAUAUUUGGAAAAUUUGACUCAUAAAGUUAUCCCAGAGAUUGGCCUUAGUUUUAAAGAUGAAAAGGAUAUAUAUCUUGUCAAGUUAUGUGAUUUGUCCAGGCCAGGUGUGACCAUCUGCUGCAAAUGUAGAGUUAUUGAGGCAGAGCAGCGACUUGAGCCAUAUAAGGUCGAAUUAGGCCAGAGGCGACACGUGGUUGUUGAUGUAUCGUGCCUGAAUAAGGAUCUGGAUAUGAGGUUGAUGUUGCGCGCCAAGAGACUCUUUACAGCUAUUAGCGAAGAUGAAAAGAACAGCAUUUGGGAUAUGGUUUCUUCUGCAGUUUUAGAUUCUAGUGUAAAGGGGGGUUUAAGAUGGCCUCUAAGGAAGGCAUUUUCUGGGGAUAGAUACAGGGUUGUUGGGGCUUGGCAUACAAUCUCUAGAAAUUAUAAUAAUUCAUCCAUGAGGCUGAAGGUGAAGCAUGCCGAUCGGUUUGAUUUUAGGAGCUCCCAUGGGCAAGUUACUGAAGAAAUUACCCUGAAGUUGAAUGGAUUGACUUCUGAAUUGCAUGGACAGAAUCUGGGAGCUGAUUCAUUCUGUGAUAUGCUUAAAGAUGCAGUAAAGAUUAUGUGGGAACACUUCUUAUCUUGUGGAAGUGCGGUCAUUUGAAUUGGCCUCUCUUUCUCAAUGCGCGCGCGUGUGAGAGAGAGAGAGAGAGAGAGAGAGAUUGCAAAUGAAAGUCAUUGUGACUGUAUGAGUUUUGUCUUGAGAGAAUGUAUGAAUUCCAAACUGAGGAUGUAUAUAAUCCUCGAUUCUCUUUUUUUUGCCUUGUGGGAAUGAAAUUAAUCUAUCGCUAUCGCUUUAUGCAUCCUCUAGCGAUUUGCUUCAAAA